GCGGGAGUGACUUUGUGUUGACUGUUCUGUCACCGCGGGCCGAUUACACAAUACGUCAUUGCCAUGGAGUGGCUAUUCUUAUAUUGCUUUAUCUGUUGCUUCUGGUUACUAAGUGUCAUGGAAAGCUUUAAGAUAUCUAUGUGAAGGAAGCCAAGCGAAAGCCUUUUAGUGCGUCAGAGGAGGUGUGAGGCGCCAUACACCUCUAGCCGAUCUGGGUGGACGGUUUCACCACCAAAGAAUUGUAAAGGAGCUGGGAACAAAUUCCACCGUCCGACAUGAGGUCCAACAAGACCCACCCUCAGAGGAGAAGUUUUGAUGCCAGUUCUAUGGGAUCUACAGUUACCAUGCUGUCAAGAAAAGAAAAAGACUGCUGUGAAGACUGUGGCAAAUGCAAGUGCUGUACAGUGCGUUGUGUCUGCAUCUCAGCCUUUGUGUUUCUGGGCCUGGCAUUCCUGGCUAUGGUUUUGGUUUUAGCCAUCCUCUAUGGCAUUCCACCACGAACCCCAGAGAAUCGGAUCUGCAAAACAGCAAAUAAUCGGACAGGUUUCCUCUGUGAUGACCGGGCUACUUGUGUGUUACCAUCUGCCGUUUGCAAUGGAGUGAGCAACUGCUACAACAGUGAAGAUGAAAACCCACAGAUGUGCAGUAAUCUUCCAAAGAACCUCCCUGCAUUUCUUAUUUUCCAAUGUGCAAAUCCACUGGUAUGGAUUUAUAGCAACCAGGAAUGCGAUGGCUAUAACAACUGUGGAGACUGCUCAGAUGAAGUAGGUUCAUUAUGUGGGUCAUCUUGUCCUGCAGGAUGGUGGCGCUGCACACCUGUAUUUUACCAGUUCUGCUGGUGCAUCCCUCCGACAUUUCGUUGUGAUGGGGUACAGCAUUGCAAUGACUGGUCAGAUGAGAUAAAUUGCUCUCCGUGAGCUCACCAAAGAUAAACAAGCCUACAUUUUGCUAGCUACUUUUAGGGAACUGAUUCAAUUUUCCAAAAUGGUGUUUAUUACCAAUACAAUGUUGCUGCUUAAUAUGAGUAAAACAAAAUUAACUCUUUAGUGUCCCAUAAAUAUUAUAUAUUUUGGGUAAGGAGAACAGAAGGUGUGGCUUUGGCUCUCUGGCCCUUGUAUUUGUAGAAAUUAAACUGGGCAAAGUUAAACUGUGCAGCCUAGGAAAGAUCAGAUUGUCUUAACUCAUAUGAUCUCUCGUACUGGCUAACUCCUACUGACAUUAAGGAAAAAACUAAACCAGAAGUGGGAGUGCCAUUCAUUCACUUUCUGAAGCAGCCCUUCCGAUUACAGCCCAUCCCAAUGUGGUCUUAUUUUUUAAAGAUGUCAAACUGUAUGAGUCUGCCUCAUGCACAAUUAAACCUAUAUUACUGUAACAAUUCUAUUCAAUGCAUGGCCACAGAUAUUAGAUUCAUUCUAUUAUUCUAUUCUAUUAUAGCACUUUGAGCACUAUAAUGAUUCUACUUAAUCUUCAAAUUGCUUUGUAAUACAAUAAGUAUGAUCUGAGACUUGUAUAUAAUGUAAUAUUGCACAUUUUUACAAGAAAAAAAUGUUUACUCUUUUAUAUGGAAUGCUUUAUUAUUUUUUAGAUAAAUUACGGUAUAACUAAUAAAUAUGAGCUAUUCACUUUAACUAAAUAAUGUGCUGUUCCAGACAGUCUUUUCAGAUGGGAAUGAUGCACAUUGUGUAUUUUCUUUGUGGAAGGGUUGGUCUGGUUCUUAAUCAACACAUUUAAAAUUAAAUUCCCUUUGGAAUAAUAAUGUUUUUAAUAGAUCAUAAAACUUUCCUGUUCAUUUUAAAGGUUUCCAAGUCAUGUAAAACUGUCUUUGUAUGUGCAUCACAUUUUAUUGCAUAAAAGUAUACAAUUAUGUAAUAAAGUUAAAUAGCUCAUCACUGUGUCAUUACGAUAAAAU